CUGAGAUGGCAUAUACUUCCUCCAGGUACGAUUUUUUACUAUAAUAUUUGAAGUUUUACUUGCUUAUAUUACAGACCUUGACUAGGAAGAGGAAUAAUAUGUUUGAAGAAUAAAGACAGCACAUACACACAGAUAUAGAAUCAAAUUUGAACAUGAUCCUACUGUUGUUAAUUAUAGAAUCAAAUUUGGAAGAGAUUUUUUCUUCUGUUGUUGCAAUUACUUGCCUCUGGGUUAUGUACGUAGGGAUGGUGGAGUUUCUAAUAUAGGCUAUUCUUGGUUCAAGGAGGUACAGUCGGCCAUCAUACCAUCCUUCAUCCAUAUUUUUUUAUUGUUCAUUCAUUUUUACUGGUUUUGGGUACUUGAGUGUAACAGUUAUAUUUCUUUUUAUUCUAACUGUUGCACAUAGAAACUGAAUUAUUUAGCCAUCAGCAUAACCUGAAACUAGGAACAUGCAAACUCUAAAACAAAGCUUAAAACUGCCAUUUUUGUGUUUUCAGUUCCUCUCUUGAGUAAUUAAAUUGCAUUUCUAUCAUCAGUUUACAAAACGAAAUUCAUGUCUGUCUUAAUACAACCUCAGAAUUUUUGUAUUAGAAAAAGGACAAGAAUUUUGGACGGGUCUGUUUGUUUUUGUUUGGAAUUGUAGAGAUGAUUGUCCGAUCUGUAAUUGGUUAUGUAGUAAUUGUAGUUAUGGUGAUUUUGUGGAGGCUGCAAGGAUCGGCUGGGUUUACAUUUGAUAUAGACGGGGAAGAGGAGGAAUGUUUUUCUCAUAGUGUACAAUAUGAGGGUGACAUUGUUCAUGUCUCUUUUGUUGUGAUUUCUGUCCACCCUUCUUCACAUAUUGGCAAUAAUGGUGUUGAUCUUGUGAUAAAGGGACCGUUGGGAGAACAAAUUCAUGAUUUUCGCGACAAGACGAGCGGUAAGUUUGAGUUCACUGCCCAGAAGAGAGGGAUUUAUCGCUUCUGUUUCAGUAACAAGUCUCCCUAUCAUGAAACCAUCAAUUUCGAUCUUCGUGUCAGUCACUUCUCAUUGUUCUACGAGCAUGCAAAAGAAGAGCAUUUUGCCCCUUUAUUGGAGCACUUAGCAAAGUUAGAGGAAGCUAUUUACACUAUUCAUUUUGUACAGCAUUGGAUAGAGCUUAAAACUGACCGCCAGAAAAUAGUGAAUGAUAACAUGAGCCGGAGAGUGAUCCAUAAAGCAAUGCUUGAAUCAGCUGCACUCCUUGGCACUAGUAUCCUUCAGGUCUACCUGCUGCGACGCUUGUUCGAGCGGAAAUUGGGAACAUCCAGGGUAUAAGAUCUGUAGUUGUUUGGGAUAAUCUUUCAAUCUGGAAAACUCCUGUUUCAGGAGAGUAACUAACAAUUCCCAC